AUAUAGAAAAUGCCAAUAUUAAUUUUCUUUUAAAUGAAGAAUUUGAUGAAAAGUUUUUAUAUAUUGAUGUCAAAGCAGUAAAUCUUAAUACUAAUAAUGAGCCAACAAUAGAACAAUUUUUUAAUGUUGAGAUCUUUGAACAAAACCCAAAUAUAACUAAAGAAUUUCUAACUGUCAGUUCACAAAAGUCUACUGUUGCCAAUGAAGAUUG